AAAUCAGCCGCCGGUAAUCCAUCGCGCUCAUUAUUUGGUGCAAAAGUAAGCAUCAAUUUUAGUGAUAGGAAUUCGAAAAACUAAAACACGGUGCUGUUUAGUGGGAGAGAGUUUGUUCAAUUUAUCGGAGAAUGAGUUCAGUCGAAUUCAUUCUACUCUUCGGGACAAUUGUGACAAUAGCUUAUGCCAAAACCAUAAUCACUGCUGAUGUUUCGGACAAUGAAUCAUUCACAUACAUCCGACCAUCUCUUGCGGAUUACUACGAUCAACGGGAGCGAUUUAUCAAGGAAGAAGAUCAACGAUUCCUUGGAGCUACCCUUGUUCUAACCGAUGAAGAGAGAACCGUCAACAAAUACCUGAUGGAACUUAAGCAAAACGAGUUACGGCAAGGGUUCAACGAUUGUUACGAUUUCAUCCCGGCCCGGCAUUUCUUCGAGAUGGUGGACAAGUUCAAUCAGUCCAAGUUGUUCCAACUGAUAAAGAUGCUACCGAAGGGAGCAGUUCUACACGCCCACGAUAUGGCUUUAGGAAGUGUGGACUUGAUACUGAAGGCCACGUAUCGGGAUCAUUUAUGGCAAAAGGGAGGCUUCGACAGCAAAGAAGGGCCAAAUUUUAUAUUUUCGAUUCAACAACCCGAUGGAGAAGGCUGGCAGCGUGUUUCUGAUCUCCGAAAUCAACAAACUGCUACAGUUUAUGAUGAGAAAAUUCGAUCAUUGUUUGGCUUGUACUGUAAGGAUCCUUUGAACACUUACAAGACCAUCGACAGUGUUUGGGAUAAGUUUGAGAAAAUGUUCACGUCACUGAUUCCAAUUAUUACAUUUGAACCAGUUUGGAGAGAAUACUAUGCGGAUGCGCUGAAGGAAUUUUAUGAUGAUGGUGUGCUGUAUUUGGAGUUUCGAGGAGUGCUUCCGCAGCUGUAUGAUCUUGAUGGAAAAAUUUACAACCCUGAUGAAGUAAUUAGUAUCUACAUUAAUGAAACAGAGCGGUUCAAAAGUUCGCAUAACCCGUUCAUUGGUGCCAAAUUUAUCUUUGCACCGAUAAGAUUUGCAAAUGAUUCGGUGUUUGAGGGAAUCUUUGAAUUGGCCAAAAAUUUGCAUCUGCAAUAUCCAGACUUUGUCAUUGGAUUUGAUUUGGUGGGGCAAGAAGAUCGUGGUAGAUCACUUCUGGAGUUUGUUCCCCAGCUGUUGAAUCUUCCGGACUCGAUUCACUUUUUCUUCCACGCUGGUGAAACCAAUUGGUACGGAAUGAAAACGGAUCAAAAUUUGAUUGAUGCGGUACUUUUGGGAACGAAACGUAUCGGCCAUGGAUUUGCGCUGCUCAAACAUCCCAAUCUACUGAAGGAACUCAAGCGGAGAAACAUCUGUGUUGAAAUUAAUCCAGUUUCCAACCAGGUCCUCAAACUGGUAACAGAUUAUCGGAACCAUCCGGCAACGUUUUUCUUCUCCGAUAACUAUCCGGUGGUAGUUUCGUCGGAUGAUCCUUCCUUCUGGGGAGCUUCUCCAUUAAGUCACGAUUUCUAUCUGGCGUUCCUGGGCAUAGCUUCGGCACAUCACGAUUUGCGCUUGAUCAAGCAGCUGGCACUAAACUCGAUUGAGUUUAGUGCUAUGGAAAAGGCAGAAAAAGCGAUCGCAAGAGUCAAAUUUACUCAUUCAUGGGAAAAGGCGAUCAAGGAUUUGGCACUGCGGAUUAAUACAAACAGUAGUUUACCUAUCUAAAGUUAAAAAUAAA